AUGAAUUCAAACAUUGCCCCACCAUCGAAACAGCAAAAUCAGCUGAAUUUACAACAAUCCUUCUCGAAUAUUCAGACCCAAUGCUCCGAUUUGCUCAAGAACGUCUCGCGAACCCUUAAUCCUCUCUUAAACCAUAACAAAACCGACGCUUCUCCUAAGCAUCCCAAUAUCUUCUCUGCUCUCGAAUCCUUGCGACUCCAAGCGAAACAAGCCAUCGAUUCCGGAUUCUCUCGAUUCAGCUCCGUUUCCCGCUCCGGUAACGCACCCGUCUGGGCGAGAAUCUCUGACGACGGCGCGAAGACUCAAGUGGCGGCGGCGGCGGCUCCGAUUGGCGCGGGAUUAUCCGCCGAUGAUAUGGAGGAGAGGCUGGCGGGAGUUCCUGUUUACGCGCUGAGCAAUUCGAAUGAGGAGUUCGUGUUGGUGUCAGGUACUUCCACCGGGAAAUCUCUGGGUUUGAUGUUCUGUAAAGAGGAAGACGCGGAGGCGCUUCUUAAACAGAUGAAGGCUAUGGACCCUCGUAUGAGGAAAGAAGGUUCCAAGGUUGUAGCUCUUGCUCUUAGCAAGGUAAGUUGGAUUCAAAAGUCAAUACUUAGUUCACUGGUUUUGCUUUUUGCUGAGAUUCGUUUGUUGUUGUUAUUGUUGCAGGUGUUCCAGUUAAAAGUUAAUGGUGUGGCGUUUAGGUUAAUCCCUGAGUCUACUCAAGUGAAGAAUGCACUCAAGGUAAAGUUGAUUUGCCAUUAGAACAUAUCUUUGUUACAUCUGCUGAACAUGAUUGAAUCAUUCAUCACUGAGGAGCAUUUUAAUUACCGUAGGUGGUUUGUAGUGGAUUGUAGCUAUGUUGAUAGCUGUGGAUUGGAAAGGAAAACAGCUGGUAUCACUGAUGAAGGCUUCAACGGCGUUCCAGUUUUCCAGUCAAAGAGCUUGAUUCUACGAAGUGAAAACAAGAGUUAUCGCCCUGUUUUCUUCAGAAAGGAGGACUUGGAAAAAUCCCUAACACGAGCUUCACGCCAACAGAACCGGCUUAACCCUGCUCUGAAACCAGGAGACAUUCAGGUUGCAGUUUUCGAAGAAAUUGUCAAGGAAAUGAAGGAAAGUGCAACGUCAAACUGGGACGACAUUGUGUUUAUACCGCCUGGUUUUGAGGUUUCAACUGAGCAAACCACCCAGGAGUAGGUGAUAAUAUCCUUGGUGCAUCGUCAAACCCUAACCCACAUUUUGUGUGCACUUGAUUCAGACUCGGACUGAGAGAGAGAUGUAGUAUUUUGUUUAUGUAACAUUUCUAACAAAUAGUUUUGACAUCUUGCUAUUAAGUUUAUCAGUAUCUGCUUUAGAAAACGUUGAAUCAAUGAUGAGCGUUAGUAUCUAUCUUAGCUCGUACCAAUGUUAAACAUAUAAGUGAUCGACUAACCAACAAAAUAAU